AUGAUGCACAGUACCGAAGAUAUCUCUGCCGCAGUUGCUGAUCGCAAGGCAGAACUCGCGGAUUGCCGUAGAACUCCGAAACUUAAAAAAGUCAAAGAUAACAUUCGAAAGCAAUGGAAAGGCUUGAAGACAAUUUUUCGAUCUUCGUCAUGUAGCGAUAUUGAGCUUCAAACAAUGACUAUUCCUAGAGCAACACCUAUCACUUCCAGUGAUUUCAAUAUAUGCGAUGACUGCGCGCAGUAUCUAAAACAUGAACAUGGAAGACGCAGCCUUAUCCGCCAACGCAUGAUCUUCCGCUCAAUUCAAGUUGGCAAUGAAUCUCCCAUUAUUCUCAAAGAGCUACUUCCUUGUGAAAGAUGUACACCGGCAGAAGACAUGAAAUAUCACAAGUUUGAAGCGACUGCACCGGAAAUAAUCAAAGUGAAGAAGAAGAUGUCUACUUUACCAAAGGAUGUGGAUUUGUUACAAGAAUUUUCCCGCAUCGAAGUGGAGAAGACACAAGGACAAUGUAUAAUUCGAAGCAAUAACUAUAAAAUAGAAAACCUUCACUUAUAA